GCAUGUCAUUGCCCAUUGCUUCGCUUCCUCGUUUUUUUUAAAUAAAGUAGUGCGCGGAGUAUGACAGUACAAUGUGAGCUCUGAAAAAUAGACUUUACGACAGGGCGGAAGGUUUCGAACGCGCGGCGCGGGGAGGGUUUAAAGGAGGAAGGAAGCCAUUUUGGAGCUUCGACUAAGAGAAACACACGGAGAGGAAACAAAAAAGAAAAAGAAAUCAAAACAAAAAAACCCAUAAUAGUUAUAAUUAUAUUGACUAAUAAACAAAGAGAAACGACGGAAACACACGGACAUCACGGCGACGAGGAAUCAGACGUGUCCGAGCUCGGGGUAGGCCUACAUUCUACUCAACUGCGACGGUGGGCAAAAAGUUCAGGGAUCUGUUGGUUUUGUAAAACUGACUUUAAUACAAGGUUGAAUUGAAAAAAAAGGACUUUAUUCUUAGUUGUGGGCUUUUUUUAAUAAAGGAAAUUGAUUUUGUGCACCAGAGCAAGUGAUUUCACCGUUCACAGACUUUAAAGACAAGCACUUGCUUGUGUUGCAAUAACAAAGACUCAUAUAUUGAGCAAGACUUUAUCUCUUCAUUUUGAAGAGUCAAACUUAUUACAGUCUCUGUACUGACUUUAAACCUUGUGAAGCUGAAAAGACACACCUUCAAAGGGACAAUUUAAUAAACGCAACAGAAUGAGCACCGCCAGAACAGAGAACCCUGUUUUAAUGGGUAUGUCCAGCCAGAAUGGGCAGCUAAGAGGCCCACUGAAACCCAAUGCAGGGCCUGGAGGUGGGGGGACACAGACACAACAAAUAAACCAGCUGAAAAAUGCCAGCACAAUCAACAGUGGCAGUCAGCAGCAAGCACAGAGCAUGAGCAGCGUUAUAAAACCUGGUGAUGACUGGAAGAAGACUUUAAAACUCCCUCCAAAAGACCUUAGAAUCAAGACUUCGGAUGUCACCUCCACAAAAGGAAAUGAAUUCGAAGAUUACUGUUUAAAAAGAGAGCUGCUCAUGGGGAUAUUUGAAAUGGGAUGGGAGAAACCAUCUCCAAUACAGGAGGAGAGCAUUCCCAUUGCAUUGUCCGGUAGGGAUAUCUUGGCUAGAGCAAAAAAUGGAACUGGCAAGAGUGGAGCCUACCUCAUUCCCUUACUUGAACGGCUAGACCUAAAGAAGGACUAUAUACAAGCAAUGGUGAUUGUUCCUACUCGAGAACUGGCACUACAGGUCAGUCAGAUUUGCAUCCAGGUCAGCAAGCACAUGGGAGGGGUCAAAGUCAUGGCGACAACAGGGGGCACGAACCUGCGGGAUGAUAUAAUGAGGCUUGAUGAUACAGUACAUGUAGUAAUAGCAACUCCUGGCAGGAUUCUGGAUCUCAUUAAGAAAGGUGUGGCUAAAGUAGACCAUAUCCAGAUGAUUGUGUUGGAUGAGGCAGACAAACUGCUGUCUCAGGAUUUUGUGCAAAUAAUGGAGGAUAUAAUUAUGACGCUACCUAAAAACAGACAGAUUCUACUUUACUCAGCCACAUUUCCCCUCAGUGUUCAGAAGUUUAUGUCUUUGCAUUUGCAAAAACCCUAUGAGAUUAACCUGAUGGAGGAAUUAACGCUGAAAGGAGUAACGCAAUAUUAUGCCUAUGUGACAGAACGACAGAAAGUUCACUGCCUCAACACACUGUUCUCAAGGCUCCAAAUCAACCAGUCGAUCAUUUUCUGCAACUCCUCCCAACGAGUUGAACUCCUGGCUAAGAAAAUAUCUCAAUUGGGUUAUUCAUGUUUCUAUAUCCAUGCAAAGAUGAGACAGGAGCAUAGGAAUCGUGUUUUUCAUGAUUUCAGAAAUGGUUUGUGUCGAAAUCUUGUUUGCACUGAUCUGUUUACCCGUGGUAUUGAUAUCCAAGCUGUGAAUGUGGUGAUAAACUUUGACUUUCCAAAGCUGGCAGAGACAUACUUGCAUCGCAUUGGAAGAUCGGGUCGCUUUGGCCACCUUGGGCUUGCCAUAAACUUGAUCACCUAUGAUGACCGAUUCAACCUUAAAAGUAUUGAAGAACAGCUGGGAACAGAAAUCAAGCCCAUACCCAGCAGCAUAGACAAGAACUUAUAUGUGGCAGAAUAUCACAGUGAAUCUGGAGAAAACAAACAUUAACCUGCAGAUACGUUUUGUCACCGAGACCCAUUGAAGACAAGAAGAUGUUGUCCUUUCAUGAAUCAUUUAAAGAGGGUUUCCUCCCCACAUGCCUUUUUACUUUAUAUGUAGAGCUUCCCUCCCCUUCUGGAACACUGAGCAGCACAUAUAAAACCUGCAUUGUCAUUUUCUCCUUCCCCUGCUCUCAGGACAGUUCCCCCACAACCCCCAAAUGUUUGCACUGCGUUUUCAUCUUUUAGUUGCACUUAAUCCCCCCCCCUUUUUUUUUUUUUUUUGACAUUGUUUGUCACGGGGAUGGGAAGCUUUACAGAAACCCUCGUGUCCAUUUUGUUUUGAGGGGCCUGAAAAUUGGCUACAGCCUUCUCUGCUUCUAAACCUUUUGCUUCCAGAGGACCCAGUAUUACUGCUGAAGACAUUUCAGGAUCCUCUGGCAGCAACAGUUUGAAGUCCCCCCCCCCCCAUCUGCAUCCUUUUGUGGCGUGUUGGAGUCUCACUGAAUUUUUAUUUUUCGUAAGCAAACUUAUCUUUACUUGUGCAAAGUGCCUUACGCUACGAGACCAUUCAAAAGAUCAUCUUUGCAAUGCAGCCCUUGGGAUUCAAACCCAUUAUCUGUAAUUAGUUCUCACUUCUCCCCCCUCCACCACUAAAUAGAAAUCUUCAGAUUUUACAUAUUGUAUUGUAAAAUUCUUCCAUAUGUAGAAAUCUGGUGGUUUUCCCCCCACCCCUUCAAAAUGUCCAGAAAAAGUAAGAAUAUGUGUAACUUGAGGUCCCCAGAUAUGUAAAUAUGGUUUACUUUAUAAAAAAAAGAGAAAGCAAAGGUUCAGAGCCAAUAUCCGAAAACAUUUUGGAAGACUUUUCAGUGUGAGUUGUGAGCUUUGACCAAUUCGGCAUUUUUUUCCCAGAUAAAAAGGAAAAGUAAAGAUUUCUUCUAUUUGAUUUUCAACACCCCUUUUUUUUUCCAGCAAAAGCUCUUGUUUCAAUCUUAUUCCAAAGCCAUGCUCCCCCUUUUUUUCACAGUUCAUUGCAUGAGGGGUAGGGGGAAUGAUACGAGACAAUAUGGUGUGUGUAUAAUUGUAUAAAAAUGUAAAUAACUUUUUUUUUUUGUGGGAGGGCAGGUAUUUUUUCCCCUAUUGAUGGUUUGUGAGGGAUUCUAGGUGGAUUAGGACUGUAGCAAAAACUGAGAGAGGCUCAGUUUGUAGCAACACUUUGUUUUUUUUUGUCCCCCGAUUCCAUUGAAUGUCACUGAAUGGAAUAGCUCAUGUGGCAUUUUAACAUUAUUUUAUCACCUACAUGAAGUGACGAUCACUGGCUUAUUUUGUAUCUGUGGGGGGCAGUGAAUACUUCAUAACUCAAGCACAGUGUUCACUAAACUUCCACUAAUGCACAAAUCCGUUUCAUGUAAAAGGCCAAAAAGUAGCCCUAGCGCAAGUCACAUUGAAAUACUCUUGAUCCACACUUUUUUUGGGGUCAGUGAUAUGUUAAAGUUGAAAGCAAAGUGUUGUUUUGAGCUGUGCCUCUCCCAAUAUGCUUGAUGCUUGGCCUUAUCUACAGGCACCAUGAGUGAGGAGCCAUCAUGUUCUGUUUUAUUAACCCAAAAUACUUCAUUUGCGCCUGGAUCGUGUACAAGUGUAUGUGCACUGCGCAGCAAGGAUUUCACUCCCUCAAUCCAAAACAGAAGGAUUUUUCUAAAAAUGAUCCGAGAUAUUUAACUUAGAAUAACACAUUGUGUUGUGCAUUAAGCUCACGGCUGUAGCAGCUUGUGUGUAAGGCAUGUACUAUAGAUCCGGCACUUCAGUAAACAGCGCACCUAAUUGCCAUCAAUUUACUUUAUUAGUGGGAUACAUUCACUUUAAAUUGAUUUUGCUCUGCUAUUGAACUGCUUUGCUUUAUAAAAUUGGUGCAAUAAAUGAUCCCUGUUCUUAUAGUCGGUGCACAUGCCUGUGUGAUCCUGCACCACUGCUCCUCUAGUUCAUGUUGCUGAGCAGUGAUCCGGUGCUAAAGCUCUGAUCUUGCACCAUUUUUUUUUUUUUUUUUUCUUUAAUGUAUCCUUAACACUCUGGCAGACAUCUUGCGGAGGUGCGAAAGGCUGAGCACUAAAGUAAUACACUGGCAGCGGUUUACUAAAGGCUGCCUGCUUUAUGGUGCUGUGCAAAUAUUCUGUUAGGGACCGGUUAUAAAAGUCAAAUGGAAAGAUGCUCUGGAAUACCUAAUUUGAAUCAUUUUGUCCCUGUUCUAGUUGUAACUCAAUUGCUUUGUUUCUACAUGAAACACACAAAUCUAUUUCCAACUAUUUUGUUGAGUAGUUUUAAGUAAAUUCACGAAUUUUAAAGCUGGAAUGGCCGCCGGUAUGCCCUGUAGCAUCUUGUCAGGCCUUCUGUUGGCUCAUUUUCCAUGCGAUCAUGUCCUCUAUACCAAGAGAUUUGGGUAGGGUAGCCAAAUUUUAGGUUGGGGGGGGGGUAAAGAUUUUUGUUUUUUUUUUUUUUGUUUUUUUUUUUAAUCCAGAGUGAGAUGGGAGCAUCUUUCCUUGGCAUAAUUGUUGUGAACUUGCCCUAAAUAGGUUUUCUUUUACUACAGGGCACCAAAACACUGUAUUACUGUUCAGUGUUACAGGAUAAACGAUCUAUUCAAAUACCUCUUACACUGAACAGGUUGGACAUCUCAUUCUGGUUUUCUUUUAUGGGUCGGGAGGGUUCGGAUCUGUAGAAAUAAAGCAUAUUCGGGCAGUUUAAAAGUGCCUUCUCCUAACCACUUAAGUAUGUGACUUUAGUUUGACUAAAACAUGGAGCUACACUGAUACCAGUGGGUUGUUUUGGUAACUGACAUCUGGAAAGUUGUUUUUUUUUUUUUAAAUUUUUUUCUUCCCCCUGGUUUCAAGUUCUGAAAGGAGGAAAGUGAAUUCAUUCAUUAGACUUAUUUUCAGAGAGGCAAGCAAAUUGGUCCUAAAAUGUUUUAUUUCAGAUCUGUGGGUAGGGGUGCUGAGGCAUUGCGCCUUUCCCUUGUUUGGGUGGGGGGAGGGGUGGGUGGGAGGCAAAUAGAUGAUAAACUCUUUGGCUGACAGAAUUACUAUGCUGAACUGCACCGCAAUUCCUCUAGUUUCUGCCAUCGGAAGAGUAAAUUCCUCUGACACUUUGUUUGACAUUUAAUUGCCAGCUCUGUGUCUUCCGCAGUCAUUGAACGUUGUGAAGACUUUCUGCCAUUUCUGCUCCACAUCAGCUAAAGGAACAGCUUAGUUACAGCCACCAUAAUUCUGAAGUUUUGUUUUGGUUGCGGCCAUUUAUUCGGGGAGAAAAAGUGUUUAAUGUUCAGUGCCAGAGUGGGGUAACUAAGCUGCUGUCAAAAGUAAUUGGCUUACAUUGAAAUUUAAGAAAAUGGCCUAGUGGGUAUUUUUUUUUUUCCAAACAUUCUGUAUUUUUGGUGUUGGUGGUUGUUAAACCAAUUAGAGAGUAAGAUGAAUGGUUCAAUCUGGAAUUGUUUUUUGUUUGUUUUUUCUCCCUGUUUAUCUUAAUAAAAACCCACUGGAAAUUA